ACAGUGGAACAGUGGCACAGAGUCACAGUGAGAGUACAGUUUCACAGGGAUAGCGAAGAGUGGUGGAACAGUGGCACAGUGUCACAACGAUAGUAAAAUGUGGUGGAACAGUCGUGUAAUAGCACAGAGGCACAGUGAUUGUAUAAAGUGGUGGAACAGUGGAACGCUGGUAAAGUGUCACAGGGGUGAAAAAAAGUGGUGGAACAGUGGGAGAGUGGUACAGUGCCACAAGAAUAGCAAGGAGUGGUGGAACAGUGGAACAGUGUCACAACGAUAGUAAAAUGUAAUGAAACUUUGGAACAGUGGCACAGAGUCAAAGCGAUAGUAUAGUGUGGUGGACUAGUGGUACAGUGGCACAGGGAUAGCAAAGAGUGGUGGAACAGUGGAACGGUGGCACAGUGUCACAAGGAUAGCAAAAAGUGGAGGAACAGUGGAACAGUGGCACAGUGUGACAAGUGCACCUAAGUGUGGUUUAAUGGUGGAACAGUGGCACAGUGCCACCGUUACAGUAAAGAGUGGUGGAACAGUGGACAGUGGCACAGUGUCACAGUGAUAGUAAAGAGUGGUGAAAUAGUGGAACAGUGGCACAGUAUCACAGAGCCACAGAGACAGUAAAGAGUGGUAGAACGAUGGAACAGUAGCACAGUUUCACAGUGAUAGUAAAGUGUGGUGAAACAGUGGAACAUUAGUACAGUGUCACAGCCACAGUAAAAAGUGGCGGAAUUGUGGGACAGUGGCUCAGUUUUACGAGGAUAGUUAAGAGUAGUGGAACAGCGGAACAGUGUCAAAACGAUAGUAAAAUUUUAUGGAACAGUGGAACAGCGGCACAGAGUCACGUUGAUAGUAUAGUGUGGUGGAACAGUGGAACAGUGGCACAGUGUCUCAGGGAUAAAAAUGAGUGGUGGAAUAGCGGAACAGUGGAACAGUGUCACAGGGAUAUUUAA